GAUGAACGCGAAAUAAUGUAGUUUUCAAUACACUACUGUCCAAAACUGUCUACGAGUUUUUCCGGAAACAUGAAGUGUACGGUAUUAAUAGCUUUCAUUUGUACCGUACUGACUGUGAUUAUGUACUCAGCAAGCGCUCAAAUGCCGCAAAUGCCACAAAUGCCUCAGAUGCCACAGAUGCCCGGUGGCAAUAACGGUCUAAUCGAACGUUCGCGUCGCGCUGCACAAGGUGGUGGCGGUGGUGGAGGUGCAGGUGGUGGCGCUGGUGGCGGCAUGGGAUUUGGUAUGGGUGCUAAUAUGGGAGGACGCGCACAAGGUGGUGGACAAGGUGGUCAAUAAUUGUUGUUUUCAAAUAUUUAAUGCAAUAAAACAGAGAAGUACAGAAUAAAA